UACCCGGUGACCUCUUCCCGUCCGCUUAAUAGCGUCCACAUUGUCUCACAGGACCCACAAGUGCCCGAUUUCCUUUCUUACCUCCAUGGAUCAGAUGGUGCUGGAGAGGGCCCAUGAGGCCUUCGUGACAGACGACAGGAGCAAGAGAGACCCAGAGGCUUGCGCCGAACACGGGGAGAAGUUCACGCUCUUCUGCUUGGAAGACCUGGAGCCCAUUUGUGGAAUGUGUGGGAAGGCCGCAGCCCACAGAGGACACAGGCUGUAUCCCAUUGGAGAAGGAGCUCAUGACUGUAAGGAGGAGCUGAGGGGUGCCCUGCGGCCUUUGAAGGAGAAGCUGCAGCUGUACAAAACGGCCAAAAUGGUGUGUGAAGACAUGGUCGAGCAUGUCAAGUGCCAGGCAGAACACACAGAGACUCAGAUCAAAGCGGAAUUCGAGGCGCUCCAUCGCUUCCUGAAGGAGCAGGAGGAAGCCAGGCUCUCCGCAUUGAAAGCCGAGGAGGCUCAGAAGAACCUGAUGAUCCAGCAUAGCAUCGAGGAGAUGAACGAGGAGAUGGCGUCGCUCUCUAAUGUGAUCCGCUUGGUGGAACAGGAGAUGAAAACACAAGACAUCCCAUUUCUUAAAAAUUACAAAGAAAUCAUCAGAAGAACCUGGAUCAAUUCAUUUGAGCCAGAAUUGCUUUCUGGUGCGCUGAUUGAUGUGGCGAAGCAUCUUGGAAGACUCAAAUAUCAAGUUUGGGAGAAAAUGAAGAAAAUAGUCAAAUACAGUCCAGUCAUCGUGGAUCCCAACACGGCGGCCAACUGCUUCAUCCUAUCCGAGGACCUGAUGGUGGUUCAAAACUCCACGCAGAACUUCAAGGUUCCAAACAACCCGGAACGUUUCGAUAUCAGCGCGGAGAUGCUGGGCGCCGAGGGUUACUCUUCCGGGCGCCACAGCUGGAGCGUGGAGGUGAAGAAGAACACCUAUUGGGUGGUGGGCGUGGCCAGCGAGUCCAUCAACAGGAAGGGCAAGCACGUGCUCACGCCCGGUGAAGGAUUCUGGACGAUACGCUUUCGAAACGGCGAGCACAAAGCCUGCACGGCGCCUUGGGAGCCGCUCAAUAUGACGACCAAGCCGGAUGUGAUCAGGGUGCUUUUGGACAUGGACCGAGGAAAGGUGACCUUUUAUGACCCCGUCGAGAGAGUGCCGCUGUACACCUUCAAUGAUGUCAUUACCCCAAAAGCCUUUCCUUACUUUUGCACGGCCUGUAAGGAGCAUCCGCUGAAAAUCCUGCCGGCAAAGAUAAAUCUUUCAACGGACUGAAGCCACGGAAAGUUGAAAAGUGACGAAGAAUUACGGGAAUAGAU